AUCACAUCUCACGUUUUCUCAUCGGAAAAAAACGGGUCACGUGCAGUACCAUGCUGUAUGCGCGCCGUCUGCCACAUAGCCUGGCUACCUAUCAGGAUGCUAACACCAAAUGAGCCGGAGAGAUACAACAAACGGCUGCAUUUGCUCACUGGAGAUACAGCCAUUACUUCACAUAUCCGUCCAGUAAAGAUGACAAAAAUAUCUCCGUGCGUUGCAAACUCUGCGCUGGCUCAGAUGGACUGUCGACCGCUAUAUACUCGACAUCCAAUUCAACAAGGAAGCACCUGGAAUUACAGCACAACGCGUCGCGAAAAAAACACAAAACAAGACGACAGACUCCGUCGUGCGAUGUCGGCGCCAGUCCGGCCCAGCAACGUGACCAACAAGCGCGACGCCAAAUCGGUGAAUUCGCGCGUGUUCAUCGGCAACCUGAACACGGCGCUGGCGACCAAGCGCGACGUGGAGGCUGUCUUCGGCGCGUACGGCCCCGUGCUGGGAUGCUCCGUGCACAAGGGCUAUGCCUUUGUGCAGUAUGGCCGGCGGGGCCACGCCCGCGCCGCCGUGGCUGGACACGACGGACGCAUGCUGGCCGGGCAAACGCUUGACGUGAGCAUGGCGGGCAACGGCGACAAAGGCACCAAUCAAUCCGCGGCUUCUGCGUGGGCUUCCCUCCAACACGUGGAUACCCGCCACCUCCGACAACACUUGUUCUGCACUUUAUUUGAUUUCCAAAGUCGGACGUGGCAACCCGGCGCCCAUCCGGCGUCCUUCGAGUGGCCGCAAGGGGCGUCCCCUAUUGUCCGGAGACCACCGCACGGCAUCAUCUGCGGCAAAGGCACAGGAAAAGGAGUUCAACUUGAGGUUGUCAGGUCUCAGCUGACUGAAAUCAAAGAAAACGUCGACACGCUGCUGGGACGUCUGGAGCGCAUCGUGAAGGCGCGCACAGCGGAAGAGCGUCCAUCGUCGUCGGAGGACGACAAGAGCCUGGACAACCCCCAACAUGACGAAAGCCACCACGAGAGCCAGAACCACACCGUGACGGAAAACUGACAUCCAGGUUUUGGAGGAAAGAAAGUCAGGUGUUUGUUUUUACAAAUAAAAAUUGGGAGUCAAAAGCUGUGUUCUUGCCUUUAACAUCAUCCUACAUUUUAAACAUUAGCACACAAAAACAAAGAGUUUUUUAAAGUGAAAAUUCUUGUAAAUAAAUGCUUAAAUCGCAGAAUUUCUACAGAUAAUGAAGGAGAUAGUAACUUUUCUCGUAGUUACCGUCUGUUUGUAUUAUUCUGAUAUACUCAAUAUAAUAAAAGCUUAAUCAUAAUCCUAGUUUAGGGAAAAAACAGGCAGACUAUAUUUCGAUGCAUGGAAGGCCGAAUGAAUGUGGAGGCAAAUGAUUAACAGUUACAGGACAACCUCACCCUGACCAGAAGAAAAAGAUGGAUAUCAACAAUGUGGUGACACCGUACAGCUGAGGGGGCAAGAUUAAAACCGACGCACACCUCACAAACAGGUCAGCACUGAGUUAUCACAAGCCAUGGGAUGGAAGGGAAAACUCCGUCCCGCAGUUCAACACAGUGAAGCAGACUGGCUUAUCAGCCCUGGUCUGAUAAGCGAUGAAAAAGACGCUGCCAUCAUCAUUGCCGUCAUCAUCUCUCCGGUGGGGCAAAGAUACCCUGUCCUACUACAUAGAACACCCGAGAACAAAAAUAACUCCAAGUUAGAUAGCUCAACGACUCUCUGUUUUGUCUUGCUGUUUGAUCAUUGUCGACCUGAAUAAAUUGUCAACCUGUUUUUCGAAGCCUUUUUCCAGCUUUCAAAAUGGAGUCAGUACAAGGGGUUAAGACUAAAGUGAAUGCGCGGAGUUUGGCCUUUUGGGCGGGUUGUCGGAGUUCCGUCGGCCCGGGUCAUUGGAGCUGCAGCAGUGCGGUUCCAGCGGUUCGGCUGGCCGAUCUGGCUAAUAAGUCAGAUUCCUUCAAUAUGAAUGUAUAACAGUCUAGAUCAGAUAUGUCCAAAGUCCGGCCCGGGGGCCAAAUGCGGCCCCUGGUCAAAUUUCAUCCGGCCCCCAGCCUCUGUCAUAAAAUCAAUAACGUCUGGCCCGCACACAGAAUUAAUAAAUUGGUCAGAAGUACUGCAACCAGCAUAUGAAGUAGCUUACACACGAAAUGCUGCUCCUCAUUUACCCACUAAAAGGCAGCAGCACUUUAACCCUUUAUUGCCAAAUGUAUCAUAUUUGAUACACCUAAAAUUUCAUGAUUUUGAGACUAAUUUAGAAUUUUGACAUUUCUUUUUGGAAAACAAAAACAAAACAAAAAAACGAUGGAUACAAGUCAACACAUGCAUUUGCAGGUUCUAUGAGGAAAAAAAACAUGAUUUAGCAUGGGUUAUAGAUAUUAGAGCGCUUAUUACACAUAUUCAUUUUGACUUAUUACAAAUUUGAAAAAAAUGGUUUCAUUAGGACCUUAUUUUUCAAAUUUUGGGAUUCUCUGAUAAUUGCUUCAUGUUGCAGGUAUUGAAGGGCUAAGCAACAUUACCCCGUGUGACCCAUUACUUCCAUUUUCUAAAAUGGGGACAAUCAACAAAAAACAAAACAAAGUUGACUGUGACGGCUGACGCUUCGAGGAUAGGGGGAAAUUGGACUAGUUAUUCACUAAAAUACGCAACAACUGUGUCUGCCUCAUUUGCAAAGAGACAGUCGCUGUUUUUAAAGAUUUCAAAGUUAGCCAGUAUUACCAAACAAGACACGCUGACAUGUACGGCAAGAUUACAGGGAAGAUUCGCAGCGAGAAAUUGAAGCAACUUGAAGCUAGUUUAAUAUCACAGCAGCAGUAUUUCGCAAGAGCCCGGGAGUCGAAAGGGAACGCCACAAAGGCCAGUUGUAAGAUUGUUGAAAUUAUUCAAUUUAAAAAAUAAUAAAGCAAAUGUGACACACUGAAUGGCUUGCUAAAAUUUGCCUAAAUAUAUUGUUCUACGUAAAGGACGUCAGCCAAGGUCGGCCCCCCUCAUUUUUACCGCACCAAAUCUGGCCCCCUUUGCAAAAAGUUUGGACACCCCUGGUCUAGAUUCUUGGUUAAAAGCAAAAAAAAACGGGCAGUAAUCGUUCAUUUCACGUAAAUAUUUCAAGCAAAAGUUAUGGUAUUGUGUAAUCCAACAUGGCAGCCGUCACGAAACAAAGAGCUUUUUAAGUUGAAAAUUCUUGUAAAUAAAUGCUUAAAUCACGGAAUUUCUAUGGAAAUGAACGUAAAACAGUCUAGACUCUUGGUUUAAAGCAAAAAAAAAAACGGGCAGUUAUCAUUCAUUUUAUGUAAAUAUUCCAAGCCAAAGUUAAACAAAUUUUAUCCAUUUUUUUUUUUUUUUUUUCACGUUUCAAAGUGCAUGCAUGGUGCUAUUUAAUAUAAUAAUUACCUUGAAUCCUCGACCAAAUCACUCGAGACACUCCUGCCUGCUUGUAUGCAGUAAAACUUUUAUCCCAUUUCCACCUAAAUCCGGCGUUAGAACACCGUGAGUGUGUUUGAGUUUAUCACAGUGAAGGCCAACUCAACGUUCUGCCUGGGUCGGCCCCCUACGGGACGGCGUGGGGCAGUGUCUGUGGGUGCUGUCUUGUGAACUGAUGGUGGAAUCUAUGGCUCACACCACCCUCCCUGGUGGUGCAAAAAAAGCCUGCAGCACAUUAGGCUGGCAUGAUGCCAAAAAAACAAACAACAAAUUUAGCCGCAAAAUCAGCUGAAUCUGCAGUUUUUUUGCAUACAAUAGCAUGGCUGUAUAGUGAGGAUGAUCUCAUUCUCUGACGUCACAUCUGCCGUCUUCCUCAAUCCUGGACUCUGGCCAGUUGUCACUCAUUUACAUGGAGCAGGAUUGAAAAAGUUAAAUAAAUAUAAUAGGGCUGUCAAAAUUAUCGCGUUAACGGGCGUUAAUUAAUUUUAAAAAUUAAUCACGUUAAAAUAUUUGACGCAAUUAACGCAUGCACUGAAUGAGCCGCUCUCGCAUUGCCUCAAACAGAUUUCAAUGACGCCGUUUAUGGACAUUAAGAGUGAAGAGAAUGCCACCGGCCGCUUGGGGGCAGCGCAGCGCCGUUCCAUACUAAUGUUAUUCCUUCUAAUAGUGGGAGAAUUAGUAGUUGUGAGACGUUUAUGCUGUUGCUUUGUGCUCCACACAUAUUUCGGUAAGUUUGCUUUCUUUUAGUGGCAAUUAUGUGUCUCUUGUUGUAUUUUGGGUAAGAUAUGCACAGAGAUAUAUCUGUUAUAAAGGCGAGUGGACACAGGCGU